AAACAGCAACAACAAACAACAACAACAACAACAACAACAACCGAGUAAACGGCAUAUCAAAUAGAGAAACCAAUAAACAUUUUUCGAGUAUUUACAACUAUCAGAAGUAGAGCCAACAGAAGAUAUCGCAAAAAUGAAUUAAAUUUAAUAUAUACAAAAACCAAACACACACAAGAGACACCCACACCACACAUAUUUGGAUUUAUACACCCAGAGCAAACAUAUUUACAACAAAACAAUAGCAAAAGCAAAAGCAACAGCAACACCAGCAGCAGCAGCAGCAGCAAAAAGAGAAGGGGAACAAGCGGUGCAACGGAAUUGGGAAAUCCCCAAAUAAUCGCCAAAGCCAAGGACUGUGACUGUAAGCGACUGUGCUACAGGGGAGCGAGAGGCAAGGGACAGCGAUGAGAGAGCGAGCUACGUCAUCCGGCUAAAAGGCAUAUCAGGACACAUUUGCAGGACACGACGAGAGCGAGGGACAUGGACACGGGCAGGGCCCCUACUCCCAUUUGUCUAGUGGGCAAAUAAGAGCGAGGCAGGCAGGAACCAGGCCACACACACACAUACACAUAGCAGCAAGGACAUUAGAGGGGUAGCCAUUGUUGUGGUGUGUGCGUCAAGGACAUUCACACACACAUGCAGAGGCAAGCAAGCCGACCAGUCGACGAGUCCUAUUAAAUAUACAUCAAUCAGGCGUCGAUAGGAAAUACUCCAAAGUAUCCAACAGUUGUCCCAUGUGACAGCGCAAGGAAGGGGCGCAACAAGGACACACCCACACCCACACAUUGAGUCCUAUUUGGUUGCUGGAAAGAUGGCACGACGCAGGGGCAGCGGCCGAGGCAAAUCCACAGUAAACUCGCGCAAGAGUGCUCUGGAAACGGCGCGUGAAAAGCUGAAAGAUGAGUCCGCUGCCAAUUCCUCGCAGGUUAAUAAUACAUUUGAUGAUAAUAUGGAAAAUGCAAGCACCACAACGGCGGGAAAGCAUUACAAGACGACGGGAAAACAGUACAAGACAAACAACAGUAAGGUGAACAAUAAUACGCGACGUGCCACAGCAGCGGCGGCGGCAGCAGCAGCAGCAGCAGCAGCAGCGGCGGCGUCGGCAGCCACAAUCACACCAGCAACAAAGAAGCAAACAUAUCGGGAAGCUGCCACAACAGCAACAUCAGCAGCAGCACCACCACAGAAGACAAACAGUAAAGCUAGCAGAGCAGCAGCAGCAGCGGCAGCAGCAGCAGCAGCAGCCGCAACUGCAGCAAUCGAUGUUGCAGGCGGCAAACCCAGUACAAGCAGCACGAGAGAUAAGCCGAGCGAAGACCACAGCAGUAACAGUGGCCACAAAAACAACAACAACCACCACCAACACCACAGUGAUAAUAGUAUUAAUGAGAAUAAUUAUGAGUUUAAGAAUAGAGAUAAAGAUAAAGCAAAUGUAAGUGAUAGAAGCUACACAAUGACGCUACAGCCAAUGUCUACGGCAGUCGGCCACAAGGAGUCGCCACUGGCAGCCACAACUGGCACUGGCACACCCGCCAGUAGCAGCAGCAGUAGCAGCACCAACGCAGCCACCAGCGACGAGGCUGCGGCUGUAGCCAUUGCAGAUUGGCCAAAUAUCUCUCGCUAUUUGCACAAGAAGUUCAAGCGGCUGGCGAGCACCACAGAAGUGGAGGGUGGUGGCAGUGGCAGUGGCAGUGGCAGCCAUACUGCAGCCGGGGAUGCCGGUCGCACCACAUCGCUAUCCUCAAAUAGCUCACUUUCACCGCCGCCGCAGCCAGCGGUGUCGGUCCCAGUGGCAGUGCCAGUGGCGGUGUCGGUGGCUGUGGCCAACGGUCAUCAUUUGACCCAACAACAGCAGACGACGACGACGAGUGAAUUCAGUGCCAAUUUUGUAAAUAGCAAUCAUGUCAAUGCCAUCAGCCAUGAGGAGAGCAGCAGCAACAACCACAGUGGGAGCGGCAGCGGGAAGAUGACCAACAAUGUGAGCGUGCCCAGAACCCGUACACCGUUGAGCAACAGCCACAGCAGCAACUAUGCGGCCAAUGCCACACUAACGCCUGCAACAUUUGCCCAGCAUCAGCAACAGACGCAACCAACAGCAGGAGGAGCAGCAGCAGCAGCUGGAGGUGCAGCAGUUGGAUUAACCGCUGAGAAAUCUGGCAGAUAUGUGUGCCCGUAUUGCAAUUUGAUUUGUGCCAAGCCAUCGGUGCUGGAGAAGCACAUACGUGCGCACACCAACGAGCGUCCCUAUCCCUGCGACACCUGCGGCAUCGCCUUCAAGACGAAGAGCAACCUGUACAAACACUGCCGCUCCCGGUCGCAUGCGGCACGAGUGCGCGGCCUGGAGGUGCCCGCAGAUGCGGACGAUGGCCUGUCCGACCAGGAUGCAGACCUGAGCAACAGUAGCUCCGAAUUGCCAAGUCGGUCGGGUUCGCCGUACGACGAGCCCAUGGCCUCGCCCACACCAUCGCCAUCCACAUUGUCAGCAGCGAAGAGCGCCUACAUUCAGCACCAGCCAACGCUGCCGCAGCACAUGCAACAACUGCCGCUAGGGUCACCGGCGGCGGGUACUCUGCCACCUGCCACCGCGGAUACCCUACACUCGGCCACGGCCCAGCAUCGUCAGUCCAUUGACUACAAGCCAUACAAGCCCAAGUUCCACAAUGCAGCUCUAUAUGUGCCACCCGGCGGCACCAAGGAGUUGCAGUUGCAACAACAACAGCAGCAGCAGCAGCAUCUUGCCCAGCAGCAGCAGCAGCAUCAGCAGAAGCUUUCCAUUCAGCUACCUCUGGUACAGCAGCAACAGCCAGCGCUGACCCAUCCCACACUGUCGCCCAGCACACAGAUGAAGCUGAACAAUCACAUCACCUCGCACAAGAUGCAACUGCAGCUGCAGCAGCAGCUACACGCCCAGCAGUCCCUGCUGAUGGCUGCCAAUCCUGGGGCAUUGCCACCGGGCGCAGGUGUCUACUAUUUGGGUCAGCCAUCGUAUUACAAUCAGGAUGCGGCAGCAGCGGCCGCGGCCAUGCAGCAGCAGGCUAUGGUGUUUCAGCAAUUGCAAAUGCAACAGAUUCAUCUGCACCAGCAGCAGCAACAACAACAGCAGCAACAACAACAGCAACAUUCUCAGCUGGUGAAGGUUCCUCUGCCAUCGAUGCAACAGCAACAGCAGCACCCACCGAAUAUUCCUCCGCCACAGUUGGUGCGUGCCAAUAGCCAGGCAUCGAUUGUGAUGCCAGCAGGUGGAGCAACCGGAGGAGCAGCAUCAGGAACACAAAUGACCACGCCAGCCACCAAUUUGAGCAGCUUUGCCAGUGCCAGUGGCAGCAUGCAAGUGAAUGUGGAAAAGGUGCAGGAGCACAUUUCAAAGUUGAUUUCGCAGAACGAGGCGAUUGUGGAGAACAAGGAGAUUCUGCUGCAGAAGAAGUAUCCAAAGCAGCUUAAUCGUUCGCGCAGCUUCAACAAUGCCAAUGCGAAUGCCAACAAUGCAGCAGUCAACAGCAAUAAUCCUCAGAUGUUGGCCAUCGGUGCCAGCGAACGAGAGACUAAGGUGAAUCUGGCCCAGGCAAUAGUACAGAAACAGCAGCAGCAACAGAUACAGCAGCAGCAGCAGCAACAGAUACAGCAACAGCAACAACAGCAGCAGCAACACUAUCAAAUGUUCAUGCAACAACAGGCGCAGCAGCAUCAACAGCAACAACAACAACCGCUGGAACCGCCAAAUGGUGUGGUGAAACGGAACAGCUAUAGCUACAAGCCAGCACCGGCCAUGCCUACAGUCAGUACCAAGCAGCAACAGCAGCAGCACCAACAGCAACAACAAUUGCCACCGCCUCCCUCACCGCUGCCGGUGCAGACGCUACAGUAUCGACAGGAUCCGGCCACGGCAGUGCCCAAAAUGGAGCAGCCAGCGGCCGCUGUAAAUGCCAUGCCAUUGAAUCUGUCUGCCAAGCCAAAGCAGACCAUUACCAUGCCCACAGCCACAGCCUCGCGCACGCCUACGCCCGUCGGGAACACUCCCUCGACGAGUGCAGCAGCAGCAGCAGCAGCAACAGGAGGUGGAGGGAGUGCUACAAAGACUGCCACAAUUGCUGCACCCCAAACGCCAAGCAAUUCAAUCAUCAAGAAUCUUCUGCUGAAUGCCCGUGGACUGGCCGUGCCCAUUGGCGAGGGCGACGAUGCCUUCUACUCGUGCCCCAUCUGUGCCAGUGAAUUCCGCAGCGCGGACGAACUGAAGCUGCACAACAGCACCUACUGCCAGGACGCCAGCUCCAGUGCACCGAUGAGUCCGGCCUCGUCCCCGAGCUCCAAGUACUUUCGUUCCAAUUCGAUCUCGAUGAGCCUGCCAGAGCUCAAGUGUCACAUGGCCAACUCCAAGAAUCCGCUGUCGCUGGCCAAGCUCGCCUGGUCGCAGCUGAAGACGAAGCCCAGCAGUCUGGUGCUGAGUCGCCUCAGUGCCUCACAAUCACCCGCACGAACAUCGACGGUCACGGCACCAACGGCAGCUGCGCCUGUUCAAGUCCAGGUGCAGAUUCCCGUGCAGCAGGUACCCGUCCACGCGCCUGUCUCUGUGCCCGUGGAGGCGAUGCGUUUCGUGGACGCUCCACUGCCAUCGCCUGGUCCAUUGCUUGGAAAGACAGCUCUGGUUGAUUUCGCCCAGCAGAAUGCACCCCGCAAGGCACACGAUUCGGUGGUGAUUACCAAAAUGCACGAGGAUCGUCAGUUCUCAAUGGACAUGGACGCUGCUGCUGCUGCGGCUGCACAGCCGCCUGCACCGCCAGCGAAGCGUGCAAAGACCAGCGACACGCCGACGUUCAACUUUUUUGGCAAUCACAAUCACAACCACAGCCACAACAUGAGCAUUAUGCAGGAGCUGCAGCAGCAGUCCAGCAGCAAGGAGGACCGCCUGCGCAGACUCACCUCCUCCGGCGGCACCAUGAUACCCAUAUCGGAGUGCCCCGAACUGGACAACAGCCCCAGGAUGAUACGCACUCCGUUGCUGUCGGGUGGCAGCUUCCAGGACGUCUCGCCCAAGAACCAGGAGUCGUCGGCCAGCAAGGAACGCAAGCUGCUGGCCGCUGGCCUCGGUGUCCACCCGAUGCUCGGUGUCAGCAGUGCCCAAGGGCCACAGCAUUUCCAAUUUCCGCCCAUCAACUCGAUAACAGCCUUCAACCCACUCACUCUGCCGAUGAGCGGCGGCGGCGGAGGCGCUGGGGAUAAAACGGCACCCGUCACGCCCAUUCCGUAUGUGCCGGGUAUUCCGGGUCCCGGCAGCCUGACGCCACAGAUGUCCCUGCUGCCGCCUCCACCGCAGCAGCUGCAGCUGCCGCUAGCUCCCGCCAGUCGUGGCCGCAGUCCCAAUCGGAAGCAGCCGAGUCCGCUGCUGCUGUUGGGAGGAGCAGUGGGAGCCGCAGCAGAGUCCCUCAAGUCGCUGUCGCCCUUCGGUGGCGUUCAGAAUCUCCCAAGUGAGUUCAGCCGCCAGCCGCCGACGCCUGCACAGAGGAACGCCCUGCAGUGGAACAGCAGCAGCAAGGAGACGCCCAAGAAGGCGCCCUUCAACUUUCUGCGAAUGGCGGACAAUGUGAAGGCAUCGGAGCCGGAGGUGCGGCACUUUAACCUGGACACCGUGAUCGCUGCCAAGCAGCCGCCACAGGAGGCGGCACCCUUGACGCCACUGCACGUGGAUACGCCCAAUGGGAGUGCAGGAGGAGUCGUCGCUGCAGCUGGAGCUGGAGAGGAAGCGUUAUCCGCUGCCAAAUCAAAGUUUCUGCGCCCCACGAGUCUGCCCCUGAAGCCGGGCACCUUCACACCGAAGCGGCAUCAUGGCAUCACUCCAACAGCCAACACCCUGCCGCUGAUCUCACCCGAAACACCGCGUCCGUCCAAGUCGUGCGUGCAGCUGUAUCUGAAUGGCCAUGCCUACACCUACUUGGGGCUGAAGUGCAGCACCAAAAUGUUCUACUGCACCGUGAACUGCCCGCAGCCGUCGUAUGUGGCGGGCAUGCACAAGCUGUCGAUGUACAGCGUGUGGCAGGUGUGCGAGGAGAAUCAGCCGCAUCCGCUCGGAUUCAAGCUCAAGCAGGUGAUGGCCCUGUAUGACUCGCGCCAGAAGAUGUUCGGCAAUGGCACUUGCACCUCAAUGGCUGGCACGGGCACUGGCACAGGCACUGGCACAGGGAAGAUGCUCAAGUACAAGCUGGUAAACUCGCAGCAGACAAUCUGUUCGGUUUCCACAAUGUCCAGCAGUGCACUCAAUCAGAACCCGCUCGCACCACUUCCCGUGGUGGCCGUGGGAGCACUCAGCGAGGCGAAUGUCGCAGCCAAGGCCUGUGAGGAGGCGGCCGAGGACAAGAAGAUGGAGGUGAGUCCCUCCGGACAGCCCCUGGUGGGCGGUUAUGAGUCGCACGAGGACUACACCUACAUCCGGGGACGUGGACGCGGUCGCUAUGUGUGCUCCGAGUGCGGCAUCCGCUGCAAGAAGCCAUCGAUGCUGAAGAAGCACAUACGCACCCACACGGACGUGCGCCCCUUCACCUGCAGCCACUGCAACUUCAGCUUCAAGACCAAGGGGAAUCUCACCAAGCACAUGCAGUCGAAGACGCACUUCAAGAAGUGCAUCGAACUGGGCAUCAAUCCCGGUCCCAUGCCCGCCGAUGGCGAGUUCCUCGACGUGGACAUGGACUUUGAUCAGCAGUCAUCGACCUCUGCAGGCGGACGCACCUCCUCGAUGGCCGAUGGUGAAUCAGAUUCGGAUGAUUUCAGUGACAUUGAAUCCGAAAGCAGUGACACCGACGAAUCCAAGUCGCGACUGAAGGAGCAUGAGGCCGCUCGCUGCCUGCUGUCGCUGUCGAUGACCCCGCCCAUACCACAGAGCGUUUCGCCAUAUCCCCAGCUGCAGGAGACACCGGCACCGUCUGGCAGUCCGGCCAACAGCAUCGGCUCGUCGGGAUCUUCGCAGCCGAAGCCCCGCGGUGUGGUUUGCUCCUUUACAUCGCCAAAGCCGCCGUUCGACUACCAGAAGCAGGAACAGUAUUACUCGAACCCCGAGGAGUCCAAGCCCAAGCGGAGCGUGGCCAGCGAGGAGAGUGCGCCCAUGGAUCUCACCAAGCCACGCACAUCCCUGGCUGCCGGCUCCGUCUCUCCCUCCCCGAUGGCACUGGCCCUGGCACAGGACUUGCCCAAAUCGCAGGCCCAGCAGAUGCAUGAUGUGAUCUUUGGCAGCUCCAACAGCAAUGGCAGCGGCUUCAUGAAGACCCUCAUUUCGGUGUCGGACAAGGUGCGCAUCUCUGCCGAGCUGAAGGAGGAGGAGGAGCAGGCCAAGCACGAGGCGGCCGAGGGCGAAGAUGUGCUGAUGCAGACCUACCGCAAGGAGCAUGCCCUCCAGCAUGCCAAGAUGAAGCAGAGCCAAUUCAGUCGCAGCUACCUGAUCAGCACGCUCUUCUCCAGCGCCAGCAGCACCGCCAUGACCACCAGCACUAGCAGCAGCAGCAGCAGCAACAGCAACAGUCUCCUGUCCGUCAGCAGCAGGCCCAUCAUGAGCAUCAAUGAGGUGCCCAGUAUCGAGGUGCACGAGGUGAAGACGCCCGAGGCGAUCGAGGUUUCGCUUCCAUCGACAUCCAAUGCCGACGCGGCUGCGAUUAGCGUUGCACCUUUGAAGGCAACGGCCAACGAUGAGAGCGAGGAGAGUGAGGCGCAGUCGGAUCAGGAGAAGGCAAGCGAACCGGCGCAUAAUGCGAAUCUGCCUGCUGCAGUGCAGCAGCCGGAUGCCACAGACUUUAGCGGUGUCCUGGGUACAUCACCACCAACAUCCACGGCUCCAGUGGCAGCAUCAACGCCUGUCACAUCCGCUUCAACUGCCACUCCAUCUGCCACCCCAGUUGCAUCCACAGCAUCCUCGCAGCAGCAGCAACAGAAACAACAGCAGCAGCCGCCUACCCGCACUGUCAUCGUGGGCGAAGAUGGCUUCAAAAGCGCCUCCGCAAGCAGCAAGAACAACAACAACAACAAUAAUAAUAAUACUAGCAGCAACAACAAUAACAACAACAACGAACUGCAGCCUGGAGCUGUGUCUACAUAUCCGAGGGGCGUGCCACCGCCGCCACCCACUGCCGGCGAUGCGAGGCCCACGUGCUCGAUCUGCUCGAAGACGUUCCAGCGCCAGCACCAGCUGACGCUGCACAUGAACAUCCAUUACAUGGAGCGGAAGUUCAAGUGCGAGCCCUGCGGCAUCUCCUUUCGCACCCAGGGCCACCUGCAGAAGCACGAACGCUCCGAGGCGCACAAGAAUAAGGUGAUGAUGACGUCGACAUUUGGGGUGCCGACCACCUCCAAUCCGCGGCCAUUCGAGUGCACGGACUGCAAGAUCGCCUUCCGCAUCCACGGCCACCUGGCCAAGCAUCUGCGCUCCAAGACGCACGUCCAGAAGCUGGAGUGCCUGCAGAAGCUGCCGUUCGGCACCUACGCGGAGAUCGAGCGCGCCGGCAUUAGCCUCACUGAGAUCGACACCAGCGACUGCGAGAACUCGCUCAUCUCCCUAAAGCUGCUCGCCCAGAAGCUGCUGGAGAAGGAUCCCAAUAAGCUGAGCGGCUACACCACGCCCUCGGGCAUGAUGCAGCUGGCCCAGGAUACGCCCACCUCGCAGGACAGCGCCUCUGAGGAUGGGUUUAGUGCGGCCAUCGCCUCGGCCAUUGCCAGGCUGGACAAUGACAGUGAUGGCAACACGCCGAAGCGUGCCAGCUCCAUGUCCGAAGAUGAGACCGUGGCCAAUGGGCUCACCCACAAUCUGAAGCGUCGCCUGCCCGGCAGCUUCAGCAGCACAGGCGGCGAGGAGAGCGACAACCCAACGGAGGGCACCACCACCACCGCCACAAGCUCCAACGAGAAGCGGGCCCGACCAUCCCAGGAUGCUGCUCUGCCUCUGCCUCUGCCCCUGCCCGUAGCCGUUGCCGUGCCAGUGCCAGUGCCAGUGGUCGCCUCGGCAGCGGCCAGCAACUGACAGUACAUGUACAUGCUGCAGCCCACCUGAGUGUGGGCCAACACUGCAGCGGCACCCAAGCUGUAUCGACACUACCAGGGAUACCAAAUGCCCACCAUCGCCAGCACCGAAAUCCGUUCACAGUUCCCCUGCAAUUCCGGAAGCGAUCAUGGAAUUGGGGUUGGGGGCAGCCAUGACCAAACCUCCUCCAACGAGCGCAUAUCAAAUGUCUAAGCAUAUCGCAUUUGGGCACACAACACUUACUCUAGCAUUAGCUUCUAAGAGACCUCCUUCCACGCCACACCACCACACCCACCCGCACCACACUUGCAGUUGUACCGAAACUGGGGAUCGAUUAGCGAUUCACCCGAUCAAUUUGUGGGAGUUUUGUGUGAGAUUUCCUCUGGGCAGACCCGAAACGGAUCGAUUCGCCUCUUAAGUAUCUAGUUUAACGAAUCGCGUCAUCAAGUUUGAUCUAAAAUAUAGAUAUAUAAAUGAAUAUAUACGUGUAUGUAGGACAUAGGCUUUUGAAACGUUGUUCAACUCAUAUAAAGUAUAUUCGUAUUUGAAUACUGUGUAUACACCCAGGUACCAUGUACGCUAGCCCUAGUUAUAAGCUAUGGAUGUUUGUAUAUCCUGCAAGCACAUAGGAUACAGUAGGCAGAUUAUUAUAUUCAUCGAUUUGUAGCUUAUAUUUUCGAAGAUGCAUAAAUGCAAUGCAUGAAACUCCCUGAAGUGCUGUGAGUCUAUCUACAGAAAGGUAACAAGAGAAGAGAGAGCGAGAUGUAUUUAAUUUAUAAGGCCUAGCCAGCCCAAGCCCCAGCCCCAGCCCCAGCCCCAUCCCCUAUGAAAGAUGUUUUCCAAUACCCAAAUCGAAAUUCUCUGCAAAUCACGCAGUUCUUCCUUAUUUGAAAUUGUUAAUCAUACACCAACGAAAUAAGAGAAAUGAUAAAUUUAGAAUAUUUAUAUCUUUAGUUUUGUUUCUAAUUUUGUAAAGCAACGAGACCACGAGACUCUUUAAUUGUUUGUUUUUUUUAUAAAUUACUUGUAUUGGUGUGCCGAAGAGUAACGGAAUAGAGAGCGAGCGAUAGAGAGAGAGAGUGAACGGAGGGUGAGGACUAAGAUGUAUAAUUCUAGUUGUAAAUAAUCAUUAUGUUGUCAUAUAUGCUAUAAGUUUGUAGGUUAGUCAAACGCAAACUACACAAAAUUUUGAUAGAGAUAAAUGAAAAUUAUUGUACAAAAAACUGCUAAUCAGCGCAAGAGCUAUAGCAACAUACAUAGAUAUAUCUAUAUAGUAUAUAUUUGAGUGUGUAUGAAUGUGGUUAUAAAAACAAGAAAAUGAAGUGAUCUAUUACAUUAUUGUAAAAUAUAUCAAAAAAAACUGAACGAAAAA